CGGGCAGAAGGCGGCGGGUGCAGGCGGAAGCGAAGGCGCGGAGACCCCGGCAGCGCUGGCGGGAGCUGCAUGUGCUCCUCUGAUGCUGGGUGCCUGGCCCAGCCAGAGGACUGGGGGGGAGGCAGGCUCUGCCCAGUUGGUGACGGAGGGCAAAACGUGGGAAACCAUCAAACAGUGCAAGAACUGCUUCUGUCCUACAGAAACAAUGGGGGAUAAACGGGACGCAGCGUGAAAAAUAACUCGGGAACUAUGAAGCUGUUUUUGCAGGUACAAUGGCUCGUGUCUUCGUCUACGGCACGCUGAAGAAGGGCCAGCCCAACUACAAGCACAUGAUCAAUACGGCCAAGGGGCUAGCGAAAUUCCAAGGAAGGGGCCGCACAGUGGAGAAGUACCCACUGGUGAUUGCAGGAAAAUACAACAUUCCUUACAUGCUGAACAUCCCGGGGACAGGACAUCACGUUGCUGGAGAGAUUUACUCGGUUGACGACCAGAUGCUGCAGUUCCUGGAUGAGUUUGAAGGCUGCCCAGACAUGUACCAGCGUACCCUGAUGAGAAUCGAGGUGGUGGAGUGGGAAGGGAAGGGCAGCGUGGGCGAGGCGCGGGCAGCUGCCGAGGGCAUCGUGGAGUGCUUCGUGUACAGCACAACGACGUACCCACCCGAGUGGGUUGGCCUCCCCUACCAUGACAGUUACGACUCCUCGGGGAAACACGGCCUGUCCUACGUCCUACGCGAAAGCCGGGAUUAGAAACGGGAGAUGACACAGCCCGGCCGAAGACGUAGUACUAAGCACGUGUCGAUUGGUAACCCUUCCAGGAAAGCUGUAAUACCUUUUUAUUAAAAAACAGGUAACCUUCCCAACCCAGGAGCCGUGGCGCUAGUGUUGAAGUCUUGUAGGCCCAGAGAUGGGGACUCGUCCCUGGCUAGUCAGUGUCCUCCUCCCCCCCGCUAACCUGCUGACAGUAACUGGGUUUGCAUGAGGUGUAAAAGAACUGUAUCUAUCUGUGUACAUUGGUUUUGGGGUCUAAUUAUUUUCUCAAUUCCUCCCCCUUUGCCUCAGUGCAUGACUGAGGUCAGUGAAAGGCAGAGAAACAGACUAAUUUUUUUUUUUUUUUAAACCUGAAUUGACAAAUUUGCUUGUGUAGUGCUCCAAGGUGGGUGGAAUAACGAUGAUACUAUUGCACUAAUAGCUGAAACUGAUUUAAAAAAACUCAUGUCUGCAACAAAGUAAAGCACAACUUGCAUUUAAUAUUGACUUGUAAUCAUGUUCGGUAGGUUACUGAAUGUAAAGAGGGAGAAGUGACCAUAUAGGUACUAUGUGCUUAAGACAAAUAUGAAAUGGCUGGAGAAAUAGAAAAAUUUUAGACUAUUCUUACUGUGUAUUGCAAUGUUUUUCUGAACUGGAAAGGAGUAUUUUUAAAACAUGUUUAGUUUUAUGAGGUACUGUGAAGAAAUAAGAGAAUUACAUUUAAAAUCAUAUUUUUAAUUUAGCAUUCUAAGCACUUUUGGUACUGCUUCAGUUCACUGAGUGACUGUAGGAUUUGGGGGGGAGGGGGUGCAUGUUGGGGACCAGGAAAAGCAAACCUGAUUUCAGCUGCCCACCAUGCUACAGCGGAUGCAGCUGUUGUGAGCACUUACUAUCAAGGUGACUUUUUGCCAAGCACUUUAAUGCAGAACUUGCAACCAUAUGCAAAGUGAAUUUCCUAUCGGGGAAACAUUUUAUAUACAUUAUAAAAAAUAUCCAAAGGACCUGUAUUUUGAUUAUUGCAACAUUUAAACUGGAGAAAAAAAAAAAGAUGGAAAG